AAAGCAGCAGUUUUUCAGCUGGCAGUCAGGUGUUGUCCUGCCAGCAGCAGACACUAGGGGGCGCUGCGCCUCCACGUUGCGCUGUGGAGAAGCUGGCAAGAGGUCCGUUUCCUGACACGCAUACUUCUGGAUUAGGAAGAACACACCCAGUGACAUCAGUGAAGUUUGAAGAAGAAGAAAAAAGUUUCAACCGUAGGUGUGCACAGAAGCAACAAGAGGACCGAAAGGUCCGGGUUGGAAUUAUUUGCCUUCAAGGAGGGACUUUUUUCGGACUCCGGAGAGGUCGGCGGCUGAAGUGUUCAAUACGCGUAGUUUGACGAGCUGAAGGUGGAAGUUUUGGUAAGAGAAGAGCAUGUCAACUUCAGACGAGACGGACGGGCCGCGGCCGAGAUAUGGCUCUGUCCUGGAUGGCGUGGAGCGACUCACUGCGGAGGAGAUGGACGAGAGGAGGCAGCAGAAUAUGGCCUACGAGUAUCUUUGUCACCUGGAGGAGGCAAAAAGAUGGAUGGAGGCCUGUCUGGAUGAGGAAUUACCGCCCACUACAGAGCUGGAGGAGGGCCUGCGGAACGGCGUCUAUCUGGCCAAACUUGGCAACUUCUUUGCCCCUCGCACCGUCUCCCUUAAGAAGAUCUACGACCGCGAGCAAACGCGCUACAAGGCAACAGGACUCCAUUUCAGACAUACUGAUAAUGUCAUCCAGUGGCUUAAUGCUAUGUCAGAGAAAGGCCUGCCAAAGAUAUUCUAUCCUGAGACUACAGACAUAUAUGACAGAAAGAACAUGCCACGCUGUAUCUACUGCAUACAUGCACUAAGCCUAUACCUGUUCAAGCUGGGCCUUGCACCGCAAAUCCAGGAUCUGUACGGCAAAGUGGAUUUUACUGAGGAGGAGAUCAACAACAUGAAGAGUGAGCUGGAAAAGUAUGGGAUCCAGAUGCCCGCCUUCAGCAAGAUUGGCGGAAUCCUGGCCAAUGAGCUCUCAGUGGAUGAAGCUGCAUUACACGCUGCUGUGAUUGCCAUCAACGAGGCCAUCGACCAGGGCGUCCCAGAGAGCACCAUGGCUGCCAUGCAAAACCCCAAUGCCAUGUUGGUCAACCUGGACCGCAACUCCGCCCCCCAGUAUCACAACAUAUUAUACCAGGCCAAGGGGCAGAAGGUGGCCAACUCACGCAAACGGCAAAUGGAAAAUGCAGGCGUUGAGAGAGAUAUCUACGAUGAGCUUCUCACUCAGGCCGAAAUCCAAGGAAAUGUUAACAAAGUCAAUGUGCAUAACGCCCUUAGUGCUGCUGAACAGGCUUUGCUGAGUGGGAAUGAAGAUAAGUUGUACGAGGCGCUGAAGGCCAUGGGCAUUCAAAACCUGCAGCCCCAAAACAAAGGCUGGUACUUGAAGCAACUCCAGGGUGACCGGGAAAACAAAGAACUGGCAUCUCCAGGCCAUGCACUGACUAAGGAUGAGCUGCAAGCUGGUGUGCACGUUGCUAAUGAAAUAGCAGAAGUCUCCAUGAAGAUGUUGAAGGCAGUGGAACGCAUCAAUGCUGCCAUAAAGGGCGGUGUACCAGAGAAAACUGUGCAGGAGCUGAUGAACCCUGAUGCUCAAUUGUCUGAAGUCUACCCCAGUGCUGCUGAUCUUUACCAGAGAGAGCUGGCCAGCCUGCAGCUGCAAAGUGCAGAGGGCUCUCUAUCCCACCCAGAACUUCUUGUUGCCGUUGAGAUGUUGUCUUCAGUGGUGCUGAUGAAUGAGGCCAUGGACGUUGGAGACCGAGACACAGUAUGGAAACAACUGUCCAGCUCAAUCACUGGGCUUAGUAAUGUAGAGCCUGAAUAUGCACAAAGGUACAUGGAUGAGUUGAUACGUCUUAAGGCAGCAGCCCGAGAGGAUGGUUGCGAUUAUCUCACCUGGAAUGACAUUCAAGCCUGUGUUGAUCAGGUCAACAUGACUGUGCAAGAGGAACAUGAACGUAUUGCAGCUAUUGGAUUGAUCAAUGAGUCACUGGAUGAAGGGGAUCCCAUGAAGACUUUGGCCAUGUUGCAGAAUCCGUCAGCUAAGCUUACAGCUGUAGACCCAUCUGUGGCUCAGCACUACCAUGACAAACUGCUGGAGGCCCGAAGGGAGAAGGCUCACGAGACACAAGAUCCUUCUGCUGUGCUUUGGCUUGAUGAGAUCCAGGAUGCUAUUCUGAAGGCUAACCAGGACACAAAAGACGCCUUGCUAUUCUCUCAGUCCAUCCACGCCAUAAAUGAAGCGGUGGAUAGCGGCGAUGCAGCUCAGAGCCUCCUCGCUCUGCGUAACCCUGGCACAGGACUGUAUGGGGUCACUUCUGAAUGUGCGCAGACGUACCAGAAUGACUUGGCCAAAGUCAAAGAAGAGAAGAAGAAAGACGGUGAUAACGGGAGUGAUUGGGUACAACACUGGGUGAAGGGUGGACACAACUACUUUUACAACAUGAAUACAAAGGAGGGUACCUGGGAGGAACCAGUGGGCUUCCUACAAAACAACACUCAGCUCAACAAGGAAGACAUUCAGUCUGUUGUUUCGAGGGUGACGACAACUUACAAUCGAGAGCAGCUAUGGCUGGCGAAUGAGAGUCUCAUCACCAAGCUGCAAGCCCGUUGCCGUGGCUACCUGGCGAGGAAAGCCCUGAAAGAGAGGAUGCAUUUCCUAAAAUCUCAAGAGCCAGCUGUUACACGCAUACAGGCUCAUUGGAAAGGCCACAAACAAAGGAAGGAUUUCAAUGAACGGAAGAAGUACCUGGAGGACCAUAGUGACGAUGCUGUAAAGAUCCAAUCAAUGGUUCGGAUGCAUCAAGCGCGUAAAAAAUAUAGGGAUCGUCUAAAGUACUUCAAAGAUCACAUGAAAGAUGUGGUGAAGAUUCAGGCUUUCAUCAGAGCUAACAAGGCCAGGGACGACUACAAGACUCUGAUCAGUGCUGACAAUCCUCCGAUGGCUGUCGUGAGGAAGUUUGUACACCUGCUGGAUCAUAGUGACCAGGACUUUCAGGAAGAGCUGGAUUUGAUGCGACUCCGCGAGGAGGUGGUCACUAACAUCCGCUCCAAUCAGCAACUGGAGAAUGACCUAAACUUGAUGGACAUCAAGAUCGGUCUGCUGGUGAAGAACAAGAUCACCUUGCAGGAGGUAGUGUCCCACAGCAAGAAGCUGACCAAGAAGAACAAGGGUCAGCUGUCCAACAUGAUGAUGAUGAACAAACACAGAGGUGGCCUGAAGGCCCUCAGCAAGGAGAAGAGAGUCAAACUGGAAGCUUACCAGCACCUCUUCUACCUAUUACAGACCAAUCCCACAUAUCUGGCCAAGCUGAUCUUCCAGAUGCCUCAGAAUAAAUCAACCAAAUUUAUGGAUUCUGUAAUCUUCACCCUGUACAAUUACGCCUCAAACCAGAGAGAGGAGUACCUGCUUCUCAAGCUCUUUAAGACCGCCCUGCAGGAAGAGAUCAAGUCAAAAGUUGACCAGAUUAAGGAGGUUGUCACCGGAAACCCUACUGUCAUCAAGAUGGUGGUGAGCUUCCACCGUGGAGCGCGAGGCCAGAAUGCGUUAAGACAGAUCUUGGCGCCGGUUGUCAAGGACAUCAUGGAUGACAAGACGCUGAACAUCAAGACUGACCCAGUGGACAUCUACAAGAGUUGGGUCAACCAGAUGGAAACGCAAACUGGGGAAGCCAGCAAACUACCAUAUGAUGUAACACCUGAGCAGGCAAUGGCUCAUGAAGAAGUCCGGAAUAGACUGGAGGCCUCCAUCAAGAUCAUGAAGGCGGUGACGGACAAGUUCCUUUCUGCUAUAAUCGUCUCAGCAGAUAAAAUACCCUACGGGAUGCGCUUCAUCUCUAAGGUCCUGAAGGACACCCUCCAUGAGAAGUUCCCAGAUGCUACAGAGGAUGAACUGCUUAAGAUCGUGGGGAACCUUCUGUAUUACCGUUACAUGAACCCAGCCAUUGUUGCCCCUGAUGCCUUUGACAUCAUUGAGGUGUCGGCGGGUGGCCAGCUCACCAACGAGCAGCGGCGAAACUUGGGCUCCGUUGCCAAGAUGCUGCAGCACGCUGCUUCGAACAAGAUGUUCCUUGGAGAUAACGCCCACCUGAAUCCCAUCAAUGAAUAUCUCAGCAAUUCUUAUCAGAAGUUUAGGCGCUAUUUUUUGACGGCAUGCGAUGUCCCUUCGCUUGAAGAUAAAUUUAACGUGGAUCAGUACUCUGACCUAGUCAACGUCACCAAACCGGUCAUCUACAUCUCUAUUGGAGAGAUUAUUAACACUCACACACUGCUCCUGGACCAUCAGGAUGCCAUUGCUCCAGAGCACAAUGAUCCCGUCCAUGAGCUGUUGGAGGACCUUGGAGAAGUUCCCACUGUAGAGUCCCUCAUCGGUGAAAAUCCCCUUCCUCCUGAUGACCCAAACAAAGAGCUAAUGGGCAAGACUGAGGUGUCGCUAACACUGACAAACAAGUUUGAUGUCGCUGGUGAGGCCAAUACUGAAGUAGAUGCCAAGACCCUCCUGCUCAACACCAAGAGGCUGAUUGUGGAUGUGAUCCGGUUUCAGCCUGGGGAGACUCUGACUGAGAUAUUGGACACAACAGCUGGUCCUGAGCAGGAAGCGGAGUACCAGCGUGCCAUGCAGCGGAGGGCCAUCCGAGAUGCCAAGACCCCAGAGAAGAUGAAGCAAGUCAAACCAGUGGUGGAUGACAGCCUCACAUUACAAGGGAAGAAGGAGAGGAUUAAGAGCAACCUGCAGCGGUUAUCGGAGCUUGGGAAAGUCAAUCCUGAGAAUCGCUAUCAGGACUUCAUCAAUGACAUAGCCAAGGACAUCAGAAAUCAGAGACGGUAUCGCCAACGCAGGAAAGCUGAGCUGGUAAAACUGCAGCAAACCAACACUGCCCUAAAUUCAAAGAGCAACUUUUUCAAUGUGCAGAUUGAUUCGUACAAUCAGUAUAUUAAGACGUGCAUGGACAACCUGGCCAGCAAGGGGAAGCUGUCAAAGCCUGGAGUCAACAAGGCCAAAAAGAGUAAACAAGUUUCACAGAAAUACACUGCGUCACGCUUAUAUGAGAAGGGUGUAUUGAUUGAAAUCGAGGAUCUGCAGCCCAACCAGUUCAAGAAUGUCAUUUUCGAGAUCUCUCCAUCCGAGACAGUUGGAGUGUUUGAAGUGAAGGCCAAGUUGAUGGGGGUACACUUGGAGACAUUACAGUUAGAAUACCAGGAUCUCCUCCAGCUGCAGUACGAAGGCGUGGCGGUGAUGAAGCUCUUCGACAGGGCGACCAUCAAUGUAAACCUGCUCAUUUUCUUGCUCAACAAGAAAUUUUAUGGCAAAUAGAGAAAACAUUUUAUAAGAAUGCAACGGACUGAUUUAGCCACAAAUAUAACCCUUUUUAUGCUUGCCGAAAAAAGCCCCGACCUCAACCGUUAACGGUUGUCAAAAGAUUUCUCAGUGCACUUGUCCUGUGUGCCUUGGCAAAUAUAUUUGAUACUACGGGCUGGUUUUCUCACGGGACACUUACGUUCCCACAAGUGCUCGCGGGAGUAAUGUUCUGUUGCCAGCUGCUUUUAUGUCUUUAAAUAUUAUGAAUAUCAGGUGCACAGGCUUUGAUCACCCAUAAAAAUGUAUGUUUUAUGUCAA